AAUGACACUCUUAUGAAUUAUGAAGAACAUAUGUUAUGGCUAAAAAAUAAUUGUAGACCAUGGGAGACAGUGACUGAGUACUGGUCUUUGACUUCGAAGAAACGAUUGAAAGACCUUCAAAGUAAUACUACUCAGUCUUGUCAGGAAUAUAUGUAUCAGUUUCCAGCCCUGUCUGAUCCUUCAGGCUUCGUAUUACUGGAGAACGAUUUUGAAACGUUAUAUCCAGAUCAUAAGUUAAAAUUAUAUGUUAAUUGGCCAAAACUAUCAAGUUUUGUAAUGAAUAAAGUGACGACUAAACUGAAGAAUCGUUUCAAUGACGUCUUUUCACCAGAUGGUGUAAAAAUUGUAACUUUAUCGUUGAUGCCUCAUUUAUUCCCUGUGAAUACAAUAAAAAACAGCAAAGCACAAAAUUGGAGGCCCUCUAGAAAAGAAUCUGAAGAAGGAUUUAUUUUGCACAUAAAGACAAUCGCAGAUCUUGAAACAAGAUUGCAGGAGCGAACAGCAAAAUUACUAUCAUUUGGUCAGCCUUCACAACCUAUUGCAGUAAUAGUUGGUCCUUCUUUCGACGAAAUUAAGCAGUGCUUUGUCGUUAUAAACACAUUCCGAUAUGAAGUGGAAACACCGAUAAAAGCUGUGGACCUCAUCUUCAAAUUGUGUAAUACUUUGAACAUUCGAUACCCUUUAGAGGUAGGACAGCUGUUCAUGUUUUUGCAAAGAGGUGUGUAUGGCAUUGAAACUGUUUGGGAUAAACAAAAAAAUUCGCAGCUUACAUCUUCUGUUCUGGCAACAGUUCAAGAAUAUAAAUCAUUGAAAUCGUAAUUAUUGUUACGGAAAAUACACUGGCCCACUUGCAUCAUGCCCACUUGCUUUUUGUGUAAAGAAACUAUUCCAUCUGUGAACGGUCUCUUGACGCAUUUUAACAUUAAACAUUAUGUAAAUUUAUUUACUAUUUAUAAAUGCGGCGAAAAUGGAUGCGUCAGAGAAUGGUCCUCAUGGAAUUCGUUACGAAGUCAUUUGCUUGGAUCAAAUCAUAAUUUUCCUUUAUGGCCUACUACUACAAAACAUGCUUUUGUGCAACCUGUACAAUCUAUUGACACAGAAAUAACUAGUGAAUCGGUAAUUUACCAAGAUACGAAUAUUCCUGAAACAUCCUCAGAAGAUACUAUUAAUCAGAAUUUAAUGGUAAAUCCUACUCAAUUUAAAUCUUUAGUACAAAAUAAAUGUGACACUUUUGUUGCAAAACUAUAUCACAGAUCUUCCAUUCCACGGAAUCACAUUCAAUCCAUUAUUGAGGAGAGCACAUUAUUUCUAACAAGUGGCCAUAUUCCUGUGUUAAAAGAUAAAGUUCUUUCGCAGUUGAAUGCACUUGAUUGCGAUGGCCAAACAAUACAAGAUAUUACAUCCAUGUUUAAUACACUAGAAAAUCCUUUUUAUCAUCUUAGAAACGAGUACCAACGUAUGGAAUAUUUUAAAUCUUGUGGUAAUUAUACAAUUCCAGUUAAAUAUUGUAUAGGUAACAGAAAAGUAUGUAAAAGAACCAAAACAUGUGUUGUAGAACGUGUGAAAGAUAUUUGCGGUUAUUUUAUACCUUUAAGGCAAACAUUACAAAAAUUUUUUGAAAUGUCUGAUGUUUUUUAUGCCAUAAUGUCUUAUAUUAAUUCACUCAAAGAUUUAGAUACUAUAACGAACUUUAUUCAGUCCAGACUUUGGCAUGAGAAAAGAAAACACUUUGCAGAUGAGGAUAUUGUUUUCCCAUUAUUUGUAUAUUACGAUGAUUGGGAAGUAAACAACCCAUUAGGAUCUCACAGUACUUCUCUUGGAGGAGUAUAUUACUAUAUACCAUGUUUGCCACCUGAGUGUGUAUCUCGAUUGGAAAAUAUCUUUUUAGCUCUCUUGUUUAACACAGAAGACCGUAAAGAAUUUGGAAAUAAACAAACAUUUGCACCUUUAAUUGAGGAAUUGAUUUUUUUAGAGCAAGUUGGAAUAACAAUAACUGUUAAUGGAAAUCUUAAUAAAAUUUAUUUUGUGCUAAGUUUAUUAUUGGGUGAUAACUUAGGUCUUCAUGCUAUUUGUGGAUUCGUUGAAAGUUUCCGAGCUAACUAUACAUGUAGAUUUUAUAAAAUGCAUCGAACUAUUUCUCAAACUACUUGCCUUGAAGAUGAAUCCAUUCUCAGAACACGUGCAUUAUAUAAUAUGGAUUUAACUAUAGCGAACAGUUCUCUUACUGGAAUAAAAGAGGAGUGUGUUUUUCAUGCAAUUACUUCAUUUCAUGUUACAGACAAUAUUUAUGUUGAUAUUAUGCAUGAUGUUCUAGAAGGUAUCGCUCAUUACGACAUGAUUCCAAUUAUAAAUCAUUUUGUUCAGAAUGGUGAUUUUACUUUAUCAGGUCUCAAUUAUAGCUUGCAAAUGUUUGAUUAUGGUCCUAAUGUACAAAACAAACCACCUUGUAUAGCAUAUGAUUUUGCAACAAAAAGCAAGUUCAAAAUGACAGCCUCAGAGAUGUUAACUUUUUGUAAACUUUUUGGAGUAAUUGUUGGACAUUAUAUAAAAUCAUAUAGUGACCCAUUUUGGAAGUUGUAUUUAUUAUUAAAAGAAAUAAUUGAAUUUAUCUUCAGCAAAUCAAUAUCACAGGAAUCUGCUUCUGCAUUCAAAAUAUUAGUGGAAGAACAUCAUAAUUUGUAUAUGAAAUGCACGAAGCAGCAUUUGAAACCAAAACAUCAUAAUGUCACUCACUACUCCAGAGUCAUGAUGCAAUGUGGGCCACUUGUUUUCUUAUCUGUAAUUAGGCUUGAGGGUUUUCAUAAACUUUUGAAAAAAAUUUCGAAUGUUGUCAUGUCAAGGAAAAACAUUACUUGUUCAAUUGCUACUCGAUAUCAGUUCUUUUUUUGUUUUAGACUUAUGGCUCAAGAAAGUAUUUUUUCUAACAUUCAAGUAGGAUCAGGGAAUAUUCUUAAUAUUAGUAAAAAUGAUCGUUUCAAUGAUUUUGUGUUAUCAUUACCAAAUAAUAUAAGAUAUGAUGCAUGUUUUGUUGCUAAUUGGGUCGAUUAUAAAGGUACUCGGUAUCGACCUAGAAUGGUAUUGCUUUGUGGAAUAGAUGAAAGUUCUUGUCCCAUCUUUGCGGAAAUUCAGUUUAUUAUUAUUCACGAUAAUUUUCUACUUUUUGUUUGUUCUUCUCUUACAAAUCUAGGUCUGAAUUGCAAUAUUGGUGGGUUUGAGGUAAAACAAAGUAAAAAAUGGCUUUUAAUUAAAUAUGAAGAUUUAGUUGAUCCUUUCCCAUUGUUUGUGCAUACUAUGGGAAAUGGUGAACAAUAUAUUAUUUUACAUCAUCUCGUUUGAUUUGAUAUUCUUCAUGACACGAUUCCCUGAUUCUGAUUAAUGUUAAUAUACAAUACGUAUCUAUAGAAUACAAAUACAU